CUGACAUGGACAAGCCAGAACAAUAUCUAAGUAAGGUCCAGAAGUCAUGCUUAGAAAAGCUGUUUGAGGAUGAAGACAGAGAGCUUCAACAGGCUGCUUCUCAAGCGGGUAGAGUCCCCUCAAUCACAGAGCAGGUACAGAAGGAGCUUCAAAUAUACAAAAGACUGCCAGGAAUUACCUCUGGACAAGACCCUGUGGCCUGGUGGUGGAGUAAGAGGGAUACACUCCCCAAUUUAUCUGCCCUAUCAGAAAAAUACUUGUGUGUCCCAGCGUCAUCAACGCCUUCUGAAAGAGUUUUCUCUUGUGCUGGGCAUGCCAUCAGCCAAGAGCGAUGCCGUAUAGCUCCAGAAAAGGCUAAUAUGAUUAUCUUCUUGCAAAAAAACUGCUAAACAUCACAGGUUUCAUGACAAAGUUUGUGUUUUCAAUUGUUUAAGCACUGGUUCCAACCAAAGAGGUUAUGUUUUAUUGACAGAAAGGGCUAGGUUUGUUAUAAUUUUGUUUAAAAAAUAUUACUGGGAAAAAUAAAAACGCAAGAGGUUUUUGGACGAAGUUUGUGUUCUUUAUUUUUUUAAGCACCGGUUCG